CGUGUGUGUGUGUACACGUGUGUGUGUGUGUACACGUGUGUGUGUACACGUGUGUGUGUGUACACGUGUGUGUGUGUGUGUACACGUGUGUCUAAAUAUAGCGGGCGCAAGAGCAGCGUUCUGGGGCUGCUGCGGCUGCGCUCCACGAUGCCACAGAGCGCCGGAGCAGCGCGAGAAGAGGAGACGGCGAACUGAAUUCGAGAGAAGGGGGGGGGGGUCUGUUUAUCGGACCGUGGAGACAGUUGUGGGGUGGGGGGGGGCACCACCAGGACAGAGGAACAGGGAGGUGGGAACCCCAACGAAGAGGGUGGGGUGGGUGUUGGAGGGUUGCGAUCCGACUCUGGCAGAGAAGGUGGGGGGCGGUGGUAGUAGCGCAGCGAGCGCGUCCGCGCCGCUCCGAUGGCGACACGGACCGAGCGAGGCGCUGAUUCCUCAUCGCGGGGCCGCACGCCCGACACCGCCUGCGGCUGCGGCUUCGGCGGCUUCGGCGGCGGCGGCGGCGGCGCGGCGGCGCUGACCCUCGCCCUCCUCCUCCUGCUCGUCACCCCGUGGCUGGGCGCGGCCCCGGGUGCCCUCGCGUGCUCCGAGCUGGCCGUGGACGAGUGCAGCUGCGGGGAGGAGCGUGCCAAGGGACCCGCGCGGCACGCGGCUGCGCGCAGAGUGACCUGCUCGAGCGGCUCGCUCGGCGAGGUGCUGCCGCCCGGCGUCUUGCCCUCUCGCACCGUCACGCUGAUCCUUAGCAACAACAGAAUUUCUCAGCUGAAGAACGGCUCCUUCUAUGGACUGAACUACUUGGAGAGAUUGGACCUCAAGAACAAUCUCAUCAGCACGAUCGAGCCGGGGGCUUUUCUCGGAUUGUCCGAGCUCAAGCGACUGGAUCUUUCGAACAACAGGAUCGGCUGCCUGAGCUCGGAGACGUUUGUGGGACUCGCCAGCCUCACGCGCCUGAAUCUGUCCGGGAACAUUUUUAACACGAUCCCCCAAGGGACCCUGGACGUCCUUCAAGGCCUCAAGUUCCUGGAGUUUGAGAGCGAGUGGUUGCUGUGCGACUGCGGGCUGCGCUGGCUUCCCGGGCACCUGCGCAACCGCUCGGUGCGCCUGUCGGAGCCCACGCGCUGCCCCUACCCCCGCGCGCUCCGCGGACUCCCCUUGCGAGCGCUGCAGGAGACGCAGCUCAGCUGCGACGGCCCCCUGGAGCUGCCGACGCUGCAGCUCAUCCCGUCGUCAAACCAGGUGGUGUUCCGCGGCGAUCGCCUCCCGCUGCAGUGCACCGCUACCUGGGUGGACGCCAGCACGACGAUGGAGUGGCGCCUCGACGGGCACCUCGUGGGGGCCGUGGUGGACGGAGCCGCCGUGCUGCUGGAGAACAGCACCGUCCACGACUGCACGCUCAUCUCCAGUGGGCUCAUGCUGCCGGACGUGAGCGUGGGGAUGUCUGGCCGUUGGGAGUGCGUGGUGAGCACCGCGCGUGGCAACGCGAGCCGCGCCGUCGACAUCAUCGUCCUGGAGAACUCCUCGCUGCACUGCCCCGCCGAGCGGCUGCUCAACAACAAGGGCGACUUCAGGUGGCCGCGGACGCUGGCGGGCAUCACGGCCACGCUGCCAUGCCCCCACCACCAGCCGCUAGCAUCCGUCGGGCUCGCUGGCUCGGCAGUCUCUGCCGGCGGCGGUGGCUCCUCCGGUGGCGGUGGUCCCGGCGCACAGGUGGCGUCGCGGAGGUGUGACCGUACAGGGCAGUGGGUGGACGGGGACCACUCGAGCUGCCAGUACGCCAACGAGCAUACGCGGCUUCUGCACACGUUCACUCAGAUGCCGGUGAACGCCACCACGGCGCCGACGCUCGCUCAGCAGCUGCUGCCGUGCAUCUCGGAAGCGCCAGGCCUCGCCGACAAGAUGGACGUUGUGUUCGUGGCGCAGAUGCUGGAGAGGUUUACUGCGUUUUCGGACAGGAACAGAGAGCUCGGCGAGCUGAUCGUGGACAUGGCGAGCGCCGCGAUGGGCGCGGACGAGGCGGUGCUGGGCGCUGCGCAGGCCGAGGCUCGGGCCUGCAGCCGCAUCGUGGCGAGCGUAGAGCGCUUCGCUCGCCAGGCCCUGCUCGGGGGGGCCCAGGACUUCAAUAAGUUCUCGGCAAACAUCGCGAUGACUGCUCUGCGCAUCAAGCCGUCCAGCUUCUCGGGCAUCACGUGCACGGCGUUCCGCAAGACGGCGAGCUACGACCGGCUCGCGGUGACCGCCCCGCGUGACAGCGCCGGCAGGGAAGCCGUGGCCUUCGCCGCCGACGGCGGCGGCGCCUCCGGAAGCUACAGCGGCAGCGGCGGCUUUGACCAGCAGCUCAGCUUCAAGUGCAACGCGGGAAACCUGACCCACUCGCUGCUCCACUUCCCCGGCAAGAACACGGUGGCCGAGGCGUCGGUGCAGCUGCCUCCGACGCUGCUGGGCGGCCCGGCGGGACCCGGCACGGGCUGGGGUUCCCGAGCGCCGGCGCCCCUCCCCGGCAGCCCCGGAGACAACACCUGCCUCCUGCAGCUGGUGGUGUUUCGCAACGGGCGGCUCUUCCCGCCGGCAGGGAACGCGUCCGACGCGGCCGACGCCGGCAGGCGCAGGGCAGUGGUGACGCCCGUGCUCUACCUCAACAUCGACGGACUCGGCGCCGACGACCUGGUGGACUGGGUGGCCGUGUCGUUGCGCCGUUUCUCGCCCGGCACGGACCCCGUGGCGGCACUGUGGGACCCCGAGGCCCGGGGCGGGCGCGGAGCCUGGGGCCUGCAGGGCUGUCGGCCUGAUGGCUCAGAGGGCAACGUCACUACCCUGCGCUGCGGCCGCCUCGGCAACUACGCCGUGCUCAUGGACGUGGUGGCGGCCGGCGCGGGGGAGCAGGCGGCAGUGCGGCUGCUCCACCCGGCCGUGUACGUGUGCUCGGCCCUGCUGCUGCUGUGCCUGCUCGCGCUGAUCGCCACCUACGUCCUGCAUCACAGGGUGAUCCGCGUUGGCCACAAGAGCUGGCACAUGCUGCUGAGCCUGUGGCUGCACCUGGCUCUCGCCACAGCCAUCUUCGCGGGAGGCAUCAACCGCACGCAGCCCGCCGUCGUCUGCCAGGCCGUGGGCAUCGCGCUGCACUACGCAUCGCUCGCGUCGCUGCUGUGGCUUGGAAUCCUGGCGCGGAACCUGUGCAAGCAGCUGCGUGGCUGGAGGGCGCCGCCCCAGCCCGGUGACGCCGCGCCGGGCCCGCAGCCCCGGCCCAUGCUCCGGUUUUAUCUGAUCGGAGGAGGAAUUCCCAUCAUCAUAUGCGGCAUCACGGCGGCGGCGAACAUCAAAAACUACGGCAGCACCGACAGCUCUCCCUACUGCUGGAUGGCGUGGGAGCCCAGCCUUGGAGCCUUCUACGGCCCCGCAGCCUUCGUCACUGCCGUCGCGUGCAUCUACUUCUCCUGCGCGCUCGCCCGCCUGCGCAGGAUGCGCUCUCGAUGCAAACGCGAGGCCCUGAAGGAGUCGCAGGCCGUCGGCGGCGCCACCACCGCCCUCGCCACCGCCGUCGCCAACGGCAGGGACGACGACAACAACGAAGAGGAGAAAGAACGGGGCGGCCGUGGCCUGGUUGGCCCGGUGAGCCUGCCGGAGCAGGCCCUCGCUCGCCCCGAAGCGACGGACUCGGCGUCGGCGUCGCAGGCCGAGGCGCCGGCCGAGGCGCCGGAGGACGAGCUGCCGCCGGGGGCGCGCCUCGCGGGGCUGGCCGGCACGUUCCUCGCGGCGACGGCCGCCUGGGCCUUCGGGGCGCUGGCCGUCGCUCGCCGGGACGGGAGGGUCGAGUCGCACGCGUACGCGGCGCUCUACGCCGCCUCCGCGACGGCGCUCGGCCUCUUCCUGCUGGCGCACCACGGCGCGCGGCGAAGGGACGUGUGGCAGCGCUGGCGCGCGCGCUGCCCCCGCCGGGCCCCCGGGCGCGACUACACGCUGCAGCUGGGCCCCGGCUCCAGGCUGCCGUCCGGCACGUCGCUCACCGUCAACGGCUCGGGCCCCGCCACCGGAUGCGGCAGCGGCGAUUCGUCGGUGGCCGAGAAGUCCCACUCGACCGCAACCAACGGCGGCAAGCUCACCAACCUGCAGGUGGCGCGGAGCCGAGGCCUGGCACCGAUGGCGCCUUUGCCCUGCGACGCCAACAGCCUCACGGAGCACUCCAUCGACCGCGACCUCAAUAUGCACGUCGUUCCCGUGGAGUGCGCCAUGGCGGCGGCCGCGACAGCCGCAGCGUCUGCGGCGGUGCAGGGAGGGCAGCACAGGGCCAGCGGCAAUGGGCACGUCGGGCGUCACUCGGGCGCGAGAUCCGGAGGCGGCAGCCGCUCCAGGACGGGUGGCAACAGCGGCGGCGGUGGCGGCAGCUCGCUGCCCCACGGGCAGCAGCAGACGCAGGCGCAGAAGCAGAGGGCCAGCCGCCUGGCCGUGCUGCGCGAGUACGCGUACGACGUGCCGACCAGCGUCGACGGCGAGGAGAGCAGCGACCGCGCCGCUGUCGGCGGUGCCGCUCUUGCGGCCGGCAGCGACCAGGACAGCCGCUGCGGCAACGGCAGCGCCACGGCGGCCCUGGAGGCGGCCGCGGUGGCGCCGGUGGCCAGAGCGACGGCACCGACGCCGGCAUCGCUCGCGAGCCACGGCAGGAGCCGCAGGUGCCGGCUGAAGACGCGGGCGAGGGCCAGGGCUUCGAGCGAGGCGCUGCAGGCCACGGGCGUCGACGCCAGGCCCGGCGCGGCGGCCACCGGACUGAGCCAGCAGGAGAGCAGUGAUAACGCCAGCACGCUGCCGUGCAGGAGCAGCGACGAGGGCAGCGGACGGUCGGGCCAGCUGGCAGAGUGGCCGCUCCGCUCGCCCUCGUCCACUGAGGCGGUGGACCGGGCGCUGGGAGGAGGAGGAGGAGGAGGACUGGCUACGGCAUCCGACAGAACCAUCACCAUCGAGCUGGGCACGCGGGAGCGGCGCUCGCAUGGCCUCAACCUGGCGAGCCAGAACGGAGCGCUUCAGGGAAGCCGGCAGAGCAUCGGCCUGCUCAGCUCCGACAGCAUGGCCAGCGUGCGGACUGGCCACUGGAAGAACGAGACCACCGUGUAGCGUCACGCGCGUGUGCGAAAACGCCCGUACACACGUUAAAUAAGUGUGCGUGCGUGCUCGUGUUUAUCUGUGUGUGUGUGUUUUCACAUAUAUAUGCACGAUGCGCAAGUUUGUGUACAGUGUGUUAUGUACGUUACAGGAACUUCUUCGUUGUAAUAUAGAGUUUGUCACUUUGGGUUUUCAGUCUGUUUUUACCACUUGCACACAAGUUGUUCGGUGGCGCUCAAGAAAUGCGAUGAAGGCGUCGGCGUGAACCUCUCCUUGUUGUCUCCGGGUCGUUUUGCCGCUGUAGCCCCCCACUCGCAAAUCCUCCAGCGCCCGUUGUCAUCGUCUGCGUACAAAGACCAAAGAUGCACUUAGACUAUUUCAUUUUUUUGCAAUCGCGAGACGUUUUCUUCUUUGAGAGAAACGGCCGUUCAGAUCCUCCAGUGCCUUACGAGAAAACUUCAAAGGAUGCUGCAAAGUUUUUGUAAAGUUUGUUAUGACGUAUAGCAGGGUUGAGCUCUUUCGCUCGUGGACUAAAUCAUUACCACAGCAGUAUUCCAAUUGUUUCGUUGUGUUUAAGAGAAAUAUCUGUGUGAAUGGCUACGCAUUCGGAAUCGAUGACCGAACGUCAUGCUUUUUACCGAUGCGGAACAUUAGCAAAUGAAUUUAUUACAAAAACAAAUGAAUAUCGAAGCUUGUGAAACAAGAGCGGAAUCAUUUGAGACGCGAUGGACCGAGCCGCGUGUGCAGGCGCUGUCACCGGGAUGCGUCACUCCUCUGCGUUUUCUUUUCUAUUCAUAGAAGCACUCGUAAAAAAAAAUCCGCUGCUGAAGACUCUUCGCAAUACGAACCUGCGCGGCCGCCUGUUUCCGCCGACCGUGCGUGCGUCCGCCGCCGGAUUCCCCAACAGCCGCUCCAGAGUGCUUUUCAAAGCACGAGGCGGUGCGAUCGUCGAAACUUAACAUUGCCCGCCUGUAAACACUUUGCGCGCCCGGAAGUGAGGCGCGCGAUAAACUAAAACCCAAGAAGCGCGAGGGCGAGACGACACGUGCCGAGGAUGAAGACAAUCAGUGGAAGAAGUGUGGCGAUGGACUGCGCGCGACAGCCACUCAAUCCAUAGUUCGGGGUUUCGCGGUGACCCACCAUUGUCCGCCCUUCCACGUCGUUUACUGAUCUCCGUUCAAUGACAAAUGAAGUCACUUACAAGCUGCGUGCGCCUGAUGAUCGGUAAAAACAUUAUUCAGAGAGGGCCAACUUAAAUUGGGAUAGACAUGGGUUUGUGCUUCGAGCGUGCAUUUGUACAGUACCGGAUUAAGCUAGUACGGGACCUGUAGUAUAUGUUAUGAAGGGGCCCUAAAUUUAAAAAAAAAACUUUAAUAUUAAAACGUAUAUUUAACUUGCAUAGUAAAGUAAUUGUACUUUUUAAU